GCAAAAUGCCUCAGCCGAGCUGAGAGACAUAGUCAUGUUGGGCUGGAACGAGGAAGUGCAGUGGAGAGGGGAGGGACUCAGGGCGCAGCUCCAUGGGGCCGCCGCGGCGCUGCGACCUUCUGCACAUGGAGCCGGGGAGAGUUGGAAGAACUUCAUACUGCAAACUCAAGGAAUAGCAGAGUACUUGCACCGCAUGGAGACAGAGGAGGCCCAGGAAAUAGCCCAGAUGCCAGACAGGGACAGUCCCCCUGCCAAUGAAGCGUCCGAGGAGGCAGAGGAGCCCAUGGCUGUCCCCGAAGACCUGUCAGCCGGCUCCACCCAGCAGCAGAACAACCGAGGGGACAAAGCCUGUAACAUUAAAGUUGAGGCUCGCAGUGAUGAGGAGAAUGGGCUGGCCUGUGACAUGAACGGUGUGGAGGAGGAGGAGUGCGCGGAAGACUUGCGCGUGAUCGAUGCCUCUGGGGCCAAGGUGAACGGCUCACAGCCGAGCCCCGAAGCCAAGGCCUUCUCCUCGGCCGGCGGUAUCCGGCUGCCCAACGGGAAGCUCAAGUGCGAUAUCUGUGGGAUAGUUUGCAUUGGCCCCAAUGUGUUGAUGGUGCACAAGCGAAGCCACACUGGAGAACGUCCAUUCCAGUGCAGCCAGUGCGGUGCCUCCUUCACUCAGAAGGGCAACCUGCUGCGUCACAUCAAGCUCCACUCGGGGGAGAAGCCCUUCAAGUGUCACCUGUGUAGCUAUGCCUGUCGCAGAAGGGAUGCCCUCACCGGCCAUCUACGCACACACUCAGUUGGAAAACCCCACAAGUGUGCUUACUGUGGGCGGAGUUACAAGCAGCGCAGCUCUCUAGAAGAGCACAAAGAGAGGUGUCACAACUACCUCCAGUGCAUGGGACUGCAAAACAGCAUCUAUACAGUAGUAAAGGAAGAAAGCAACCAGAAUGAGCAGAGGGAAGACUUGAGCCAGACGGGAUCUGACAGAGCCUUGGUGCUAGACAGACUAGCUAAUAAUGUAGCUAAACGUAAGAGCACUAUGCCACAGAAGUUUGUGGGAGACAAACGUCUGUCAGACCUCUCUUAUGAUGGAGGAGCAGGCGAGCUGAUCCAGCCCCACGUCAUUGACCAGGCCAUCAACAGUGCCAUCAGCUACCUAGGGGCCGAGGCGCUCCGGCCUCUGGUUCAGACCUCCCCGGCCUCCUCUUCGGAUGUGGGUCUCAGCUCCAUGUACACCCUCCACAAGCCGGCGACGGAGGCCCACGCGGGGUCGGGCUUGUCAGCCAAAGACAGUGCAGCUGAGAACCUGCUGCUGCUCUCCAACUCCAAGUCCGCCUCCAGCGAGAAGGACGGCUCGCCCAGCCACAGCGGCCAGGACUCCACGGACACCGAGAGCAACAACGAGGAUCGCCCAGGCGGAGCAGCUCCCGGUCUCAUCUACCUGACCAACCACAUCACCCAGGGGGUGAGGAACGGCGUGCUGCCCCUGGUGAAGGAGGAGCAGCAGAGGCAGUUCGACGCCAUCCGGGCCGGCAUGGAGAUGGCCUCCGAGGGCUUCAAAGUAGUGACAGCAGAUGGGGAGCAGGUGAGGGCGUACCGGUGCGAACACUGCCGCGUCCUCUUCCUGGACCACGUCAUGUACACCAUUCACAUGGGCUGCCACGGCUUCAGAGACCCCUUCGAGUGCAACCUCUGCGGUCACCGGAGUCAAGAUCGAUACGAGUUCUCCUCUCACAUAACGCGAGGAGAGCAUCGCUACUGAGCCGCUUCGACCAGAGAACACACACACACACACACACACUUUCACAGGAUGGAAAACACGGCACACACUCACUCACAGACAAGCACAUGCAAUAAAUUAAUAUAAAUACUUAAUGUAAAAUACACUGUUAAUGUUU